AUGAAGUUCAAGAUUCACACCUUCGUCGCCCUCUUCGGUGUCGUCGCGACCGCCGUCACGGCUGGGGACCCGUUCUAUAAGCCACCGCCGUAUUGUAAUUUCUCGACGGGCUGCCAGACCUUAUACUCAGAAGCGAACCUUGCAGUCAGCAAGGUAUGCCGUGACGAAGGUAACUCCGGCGAUGACUUCCACACCUGCUGCAUCAAUAAGUGCGGCUCGACUGCCGCGUCCAUUUCGACGAAUGUUGAACAAGAUACCAAGAUGCAUCUUAGCUAA